AUGUUUGCAUUAAUACUGGUUUUGCUCGCGUUGGCCGGUACCUCACGUGGUGGAGGACUGGAGGAGUCCUCCUGGCGGACAGUGGAACGUGACCUGGCCCCGGAUGCACUACUGGUGCGGUUGGAUCGACUGGUGAACGUUUGUGUAGCGAACUACGAGGACCUAACCACCGAUUUGCUACUUGGUAUCGCUAUUGCCAAUGCUCAACUCAAAGGAAUACUAAAGCAACCACUUCAAGAAUCGCAGCGUCAGUUCGUGGAGUCGUUGGCGAAAAAGUGCGAUUUUGUCGAAAGCCGUAUCGAGAGUACGUUCAACUUUCCAAGCGGUGCGAAUGCCGUCGUUUCAAAACUUCUUAUUGAUUCAAACUUUUGGAGCCUGGAUGACGAACUGCAGCCACUUGGGGGAGUUUCUGGGCCGGUUUCACGCCGAGGAAGACGACGAAGAAGUCAACUACUAGGCGACGAUCCUCAAGCUUUGAUAGAAAGCUACCUCGAGGCGAUCGAUGCCGGGGGACCUAGCGAACAGCAAUCAGAUGAGUGCUUAUCGGAGCUGCUGGUCAGUGAGUCAGAAAAUGAGUACAACGCCACCAAUGGAGGAGCCACAGCUGGCGGCAGCGGCCAUCUAAGACGGCUGACGCUCAGCCGCGAAUGUAGUGCAGCGAUGUCGUUAAGAAAGCGCUCCUAUGGUUACCAUCUGACGCAUAAAUUGCUCUUCUACAUCGUGCUCGCACGGCAACGGUUCGCCAACAUCGAUCGGAGCUUCGUGGUGGCCGGCCAGCGGAAGCUGUGCGAGCAGAUUCUCCGCGAGGCGGACCUCAUCGCCGGGUUUGAUUUUCCCGACCUGUUCCGCGAUCUGUUCAUGGAGCAGGUGUUCCUGUGUGCGUUCGUGCGCCCUCCGCUGCCCGAGUUCACCAAUCCGGCCUGGCUGGCGGCCAUCGUCGGCUGGCAGAACGGCGAGGGAUGCUUCAAGUACUAUGCGGACGAGGGCGAUGGAGUGGUUGGGCCGAACGCACUGACGACACACUGUUCGACCCAUAUGACCGGUGUCGGGGCGGCCCUAUUGGGAUUAUUCGCAAGGCUUCAGCUGGCGCAGUGA